AUGGGAAAGAAACAGGAGGAAAGUUCGGAGUAUGGGGAACCAGCCCAGUAUGACCCAACCUUCAAUGGACCCAUCCACAAAAGGGGAUGCACUGACAUCAUCUGCUGUGUGCUUUUUAUGCUUGUCAUCGCUGGAUACAUGGUAGUGGGAAUUCUGGCCUGGCUGUAUGGAGAUCCACGGCAUGUACUGUACCCUAGGAACUCUACUGGAAUGUUCUGUGGGAUCGGACCGAACGCGAAUAAGCCCAAUGUUUUUUAUUUUGACAUUCUGAAAUGUGCGACAGCAACUAACGUCAUGGCUGCUGCUCUGCAGGGACUCCAGUGCCCGACUACACAGAUUUGUGUGGAGUCCUGUCCCGAUCAGUUCUGGGCUCUUAAUCCGCUGGCCUACGUCCCAACUGCCAAACCAGAUACUUAUUUCAAUAAGGAUUACUGUGUUCCCUCACUUGACCUGAAAAAUACAGACCUGACAGUGACACAGAUUGUGGAAAAGGAGCUAUGUCCGUUUUUCUACACUCCUACCACAGCAGUGCUGGGCAGAUGUUUGCCCAGUUUGGGAGGGGACACAUACUCCCCUGAAAACAUCCCUUCUAACUUCACAUUGCCUGGGCUGAAUUUGAAUGAAACCGUGUCUGUGAUCAGGAACGCCACUGGUGACCUGGUGAACGGAUUUAACGCCAGGGAGGUCGGGAUUCGGAUCUUUGAGGACUUUGCGUCGUCAUGGCCAUGGAUCCUUGCUGGACUUGCCAUCGCCAUGGUGACCAGUAUGCUCUUCCUCCUGCUCCUGCGCUUCAUUGCAGCCAUUCUCAUCUGGAUUCUCAUAUUCGGAGUGCUCGCGGUCGGCGCUUUCGGUAUAUGGUACUGCUACAAUGAGUAUGAUGAGCUUAAGAAUUCCUCUCUGUCUUUCAAUGAUGUGGGUUUUACCACCAAUGUCAACGUCUACCUGCAAGUCAGAGACACCUGGCUGGCUUUCUUGAUUAUCCUGAGUGUGGUCGAGGGGAUUUUGAUCCUGACUCUGAUCUUCCUGAGGACUCGGAUUCUCAUUGCCAUCGCUCUCAUCCAGGAAUCCAGCAGGGCUGUUGGUUACAUGAUGUCCACUCUGUUUUACCCUCUGGUCACAUUUGUUCUCAUCGUGGUCUGUGUGUCCUACUGGGGAAUCACUGCACUAUAUCUGGCUACUUCUGGAGCUCCAAUCUACAAGGUGGUAGCCCUGAACUCCUCUAUGGCAGGCUGCAACUCCAUCACUGGCAACGAAACCUGUGACCCACUGGUCUUUAACAGCACGGCUCAGUCUUCCUGUCCGUCUGCCAGCUGCAUCUUCAUCAAGUACAACGAUGAGGGCCUGCUCCAGCGCAACCUCUUCAACCUGCAGAUCUAUAACGUGGUGGCCUUCCUCUGGUGUGUCAACUUCGUCAUCGCCCUGGGACAGUGUUCGCUGGCCGGAGCCUUCGCCUCUUACUAUUGGGCCUUCAGCAAGCCCUCCGACAUCCCAGCAUUCCCUCUGACCCAGGCCUUCAUGCGCACUCUACGCUACCACGUGGGCUCGCUGGCGUUUGGUGCUCUGAUCCUCACUCUGGUUCAGCUGGUCAGGAUAGUGCUGGAGUACCUGGACCACAAGUUCAGAUCGGCCCAGAACCCGUGUGCCCGUUUCCUGAUGUGUUGUCUGAAGUGCUGUUUCUGGUGUCUGGAGAAAUUCAUCAAGUUCCUGAACAGAAACGCGUACAUCAUGAUUGCCAUAUAUGGGAAAAAUUUCUGCGUCUCAGCCAAAAAGGCGUUCUUUCUGUUAAUGAGGAACAUCGUGAGGGUGGUUGUGCUGGAUAAAGUGACAGAUCUGCUCUUGUUUUUCGGCAAGCUGCUGGUGGUGGGAGGAGUGGGUGUGCUGGCCUUUUAUUUCUUCUCGGGGAGAAUCCAGGCUCCAGGCGACUCAUUUGAGGCAACUGCCCUCAACUACUACUGGAUGCCAAUCAUAACAGUGGUGGUUGGUUCGUACCUCAUCGCCCAUGGAUUCUUCAGUGUCUACAACAUGUGUGUGGACACACUCUUCCUGUGCUUCUUGGAAGAUCUGGAGAGACAUGAUGGAACAAUGCAGAAGCCAUACUACAUGUCCAAGAACCUGAUGAAAAUUCUCAACAAGAAAAAUCAGCAACCAAAAAGAGCCAAAAACUGA